AUGGCACCCUCGAAAGUGACGCCAGAAUUAGAACCUCAAAUUUUCAAAAAAGUAUAUGGUUUUAUCGGAAAGAACGCGAAAUUGAUUCUAAAUAAGGGAGAUUUAGUUAGAAUAUCUAAAGCGAACAAAACUUUUCGACGAGGAUAUUUACCAGGAUGGUGUGAUGAGGCCUUUAGAGUGUCCAAAGUAUAUUCCUCUCAUCCAACUACAUUUGAGCUGCAAGACCUGAAAUCAGAAGCUAUAAAAGGACGAUUCUAUGCAGAGGAACUCCAGAAAAUCUCUAAACGCUCUGAUGAUUACUGGCGCAUAGAAAAAGUGCUCAAAACAAAAGGCAGAGGCAGGAAUAAAGAGUACUACGUAAAGUGGCAGGGCUUCGAUGCACGCUUCAAUUCGUGGGUUAAGAAAGCAUGGAUGAAGUAA